AUGGAUACGGCGAUCCCGCCGGGAUUUUCUAGGUCUCCGCCGGGGUCUAUGGGGAAUCGGAAGCCGCGGAACGAGAUAACGGAAACAGCGAACUUAUUGGAGAGAUCGGGUAGUGAGAAGAUUCAAAAAGAGAUUAUGGAUUUGGGGGAAAAGGAGGGUUUGAAGUUGGAUGAUCGAAAGAAACAAGGAUCGGAGAACGUUGCGAAGAGAUCGGAGAAUGAGGGAGUAUCUUGGGCAGAGAUAGCGCAAGAGAAGAAAGUUCUGAAGAAAUACGAUUUGAAGAUAGAAGACUUGGAGGGUGGGAAAGCUGUAGAGAUUCCAGAUGAGGUUAUCGAACAAGCAGAUCUCCUUUGGGACGAUUACUUGAUUGGUAAAUUUCUUGAUACUGCUCCACAUGUGGCUAGAGUUCAUGCGAUUGUAAACAGGAUUUGGAAUCAAGGAGAAACGAAGCAGCAGAUUGAUGUUCAUGUAGUGGAUGACACAACUAUGAAGUUCAAAGUUAUGAACCCAGUGAUGAGAGCUCGAAUUGUUAAGAGAGGCAUGUGGAACAUAGGAAAUGUACCUUUGGUGGUGAUGAAGUGGACUCCAGAUGAGUUGAAGGAGAAACCUGAAAUCAAAUCAAUACCGAUGUGGGUGUAUCUUAAAAAUGUGCCGAUGAACUUGUAUUCAUGGCAGGGGCUGAGUUUCAUCGUGAGUGCAGCUGGCUUUCCGGUUAGGCUUCACCCAGAGACAGCAUCUUGCUCGAACUUCAAACUAGCAAAGAUUUUUGUUAAUGUGGAUCUAUCCAAGGAGUUGCCGGAUAAAAUAAACUUUACAAAGAAGGGGAAAUCAUAUUUGGUUGAGUUCAUCUAUCCUUGGUUGCCGCUGAGAUGUAGUACGUGUGGAAAAUGGGGACAUGUAGAAAAAGUCUGUGUUAUGAAUAAGAAGGACGGAUUAGAGAAAUCAGUUACGCAGAUCAUACAGGAGGAUACUGAGAAGAGAGUUGGAGAUAUGGAAAAAGAGAAAGAAGGUAGUAAGUCGAAGGAAAAGGAGAUGGAAGAGAAUGUUUGA